AUGGCCCCUUUCCUGGCCGCCAUGGUGUCUCACGAAGCUACAGGCUCAGCCCUGGGCAGCCCAGCGACGCUGCAGGUGAAAGCCGCAGUAGAGCAGGGCAGCGGCAGUGAGAGCCAGCCGGAGGUCAUCAUCGACAGCUUUGCUCCGCUGGUGGCCGUGAGCUCCAGUAGCAGCAGUGAGGAGCUCUUCUGCCGGAUCUGUCACGAGGGCGGGGGGGCGGAGCAGCUGCUGUCCCCGUGCGAGUGCUCUGGCUCACUGGCGUCGGUGCACCGCAGCUGCUUGGAGCGCUGGCUCACUGCGUCCAGCACCGGCCGCUGUGAGCUGUGCCGCUUCGAGUUUGCGCUGGAGCGCCAGCCCAGGCCGCUGACUGAGUGGCUUCAUGCCCCGUCUAUGCGCUACCAGAGGCGAACGCUGUGUGGGGACGCCCUCUGCUUCACGUUCAUCACGCCGCUGGCCUCACUGUCGGGGUGGCUCUGUGUACGCGGAGCCGUGGAUCUUUACCACAGCAGCAGCAUGGAGGCUGCGGGCCUGCUGGUCCUCACCGCCGCCCUGCUCGUCAUCUACCUCUUCUGGACGACCGUUUCCCUGCGAUACCACGUCCACCUGUUUGAGAUGUGGAGGCAGACGAAUCAGCAAGUGCGACUCCAGAUCCCUCAGCCUGAGGGUCUCCCCUGCGGCCGGCUGGAACCACCGCCCCGCCCCUCCAGCAAGGACCCCAGCAAGGAGACCGUGGUGUAG